CCGAGUCAUUCGAAAAAAUUUUACGGAGCGAAGAAGGCACGGUUACGUCCGGAUUUAAGCGCGAUUUCGUGUCUGUUGUUUGGUCGGCACUCGAGUGUAAAGAAAUUUGUACACCCCCGAAAAGAAUCGCGAGUGCAAUUUUGUAAAUACGGAGAGGAAAAGUUUCAUGUGUGCAUUUAAACAGCGUUCUUCUAGUGAAACCAGUUUGAAAAGCUGCAAGAAAUAUAUAUAGCUCAAUAUAUAUAUAUACAUAUAUGUAUAUGUGUGCCGCCGCCAGUUCUAAUCUUUAAAUCAAUAAACAAAACUGGAAGCCAUUAGCUGAAAUCACAACAAAAGCAACCGCAGAAGAAACCAACGGGGAAAAUGAAGCCAAAGCAGAAGAUUUCCGUAGAGCCGCUCUUGCUAGUCGCAAUUCUCAUCGGAGUUCUGGUAGCCGCCACCCACGCUCAAGAUCAGAAAUCGGUGAAACCAUCGGCGGCAGCGCCAUCAGCAGCAGCUUCUCGGCCCCAUGAUGAAAUCUAUAUCGACGAUGAUAGCAUCGAGGGAUCGGGCGGACGCGGCGGGAUACACGAAGAUCUAGAGAAAGAUCCGGACUAUUCUGGCUCCGGCUUUGGACCCGAUGACGAGGACGCCGAACCCGACCAGCACUCGCACAGUUCGCACAACACGCGCAUCUCGCAGAGCAGCAACUCCGGCAUAAACAGUAAGCAUAACUCGAACGAGAACUACGGCAAGAACAGCAAGAACAGCAACAGCGACCUCAUCUCGAGUAGAUUCAACAACAAUAAUAAUCACAAUCAGAUCGACAACAGCCAGAAUAUCAAUCUCAAUCCCAAUAAUAACCAUCAAACGAAUAGUGGCACAAUCAUUGGUAGUAGCACCACAGCGAACAAUAAUAAUAACCACAAUAUCAACAUCAACAGCCAGAACGGCAUCAUCAGUGGCAGUGGUAGUGAUAUCGGUGGCCAUAGCACUGGCAUUAACUCAAUCGCUCAUACACCAACACAAACCUCAUCCACAAUCCCAACAACAUCGACUUCGACACCAAUGCCGACAACAACCCCCACAACGACAACCCCCGCAUCCACCACAACGGCGGCAGCAACCCAGCCAUCGUCCUUUGCCAAUAGCAGUACCUCCACCACCACGAUGGCUCCCACGAUUCCCGCAGAGCCGCAGCAGCCGCUGUUCCCGCCAUUCGACAAGGAUCUGGAUACGGAGUCCAGCGGCGAUGGCAUCGAUGCUGACGCUGAGGAUGACGAUGAGGACGAUGGCGACGAUAAGGACUAUGACUAUAACAAGGAGCUGGACAAAGAAAUCGACAUCGAUGAGCCCGAGCCGGGACAUCUGCCGCCAGUUGUCCAUCAUUAUAACGUUGAAACUAGUCACAUACCCACUACGGAUGAAAUCGAUGUGGAUGGCGGCGAUGAGGAUGACAGUGUGGAUAGCGAUAUCGAUGGUUCGCGGAUCGGUGGCAACGAUGGAGAUAUUACAGAGCGCGGACCGGGUGCAGGUGGCAGCAACGUGCACGAAUUGGACCCCAACACGAACGUGAAUAGCCAGCCCUCCGACACAAAGGGCAUCGAUCACAGGCCCAACGGCAACGAAGUGGUCAUCAUGAGCGAGGACGAUCGCACGUCGAGCUUCUUCUCGCAGCCCGGAAUCCUGGCUGCUGUCAUUGGCGGUGCCGUCGUUGGCCUGCUCUGCGCCAUACUCGUGGUCAUGUUCAUCGUGUACCGCAUGAGGAAAAAGGACGAGGGAUCCUACGCGCUGGACGAGCCAAAGAGAUCGCCGGCCAACAAUUCGUAUGCGAAAAAUGCGAAUAACCGCGAGUUCUACGCCUGAGAUAAUGGCACGUCGCGCAGGUAUUAAGUUGACCACAAGUGCAGGAACAAUGUGUAAGGACGGGACGGAGUGCGAAUGACUGGACGAAGGCGGAGCGACUGGGUUUGGUUUGGCUCAACUGAAUACACUGUGCGGAGUGGGGGUGCAGCAUCAUCGGCAAACCACUGAAACAAGGAUUAAUCAUCCGCAGCAGCAGCUACAAAACUAACACAAAAA